AUGACGUUUCUAAAGAAAAUAGCCGGCAGUAAUGGUCAUUCCAAAUCCGGAUCGGUAUCCAGCAUAAGGUACUCAGCCAAUUCUCAGGCAUCCCCAUCAGCCUCGGUCAGCUCAUCGAGGUCAUUCAAGACACAUGUUCGAAACUCUAGCAACUCAACUGAUUAUAGCGGAUCCACUUAUGUUUUUGGCACUGGAAAUACAGCAUCUAGUGGAAGUAAUCAUGGCACGCCAACAAGCUCCAAGACAUUCUCUAAGAUGGGUAGUUCAUACAAUAGGCGAUCGAUUGAUAGUCCCCGAUCGACAUCGAACAGGAACUCGGAAUAUACGCUCGAUAAUUCAUCGUUGAACAGUCAUCCUCAAGCAAAUAAGGGUGGAGAUAAUGUAUCAAGGCCAACUAGCUUGGAAAAGAAUGCUGACACGGAUUCAAGUACAUAUUCCAGAAAGUCAUCUGGGUCAACAAGCAGUCUAUCAUUCGAUAAUUUGAUUUUAUCUUGGGAUCCUACAAAUCCUGAUGAAUGGACGUUAUCUCGAGUGAUUGCAUGGUUUAAAUUUCAUGAUUUCCCGGAUAGUUGGAUUGCUGUAUUCAAAAGGCAUCAGCUGUGCGGACAGAGGUUCUUAAGGUUAUUGGCUUACGAUAACUUUGCUAUCUAUGAGAAGCAUCUUCCAAUCAGUAAGAAUGCAUCAUUUGACAAAUUUCAGGCUUUACUUAAAGAUACUAUGAAGAAAAAUGUCUCUAGUUCUCAUUCUAGACAGAGAAGUGGUAAUAGUGUUGCAGCAAUGCAUAUUGAGCCAAAUAAAGGUGUUAAUUUAAGACAUAAAAGUAGCAGAUCACAAGAUGAUAUUGUAGGUUCACGAUCUGCAUCAGAAUCUGGGAUAAAUAAUGAACAACUGAAUCUCGGAAAGCCCCCGGAAAAGGGUGUUGUCAAGUCACAUAAAAAAACAAAAAGUACAGGAUCUUUAUAUCGGAGAAGUUUUAUUUCUUUGAUGGGAUCUUCUUCGCAUAGCUCUGCUGAGAAUACACAGAUGGAAAAGAAUAAUCCUAACAUAAAAAUACACAUUCCUUCAAGACCGCAGUCAGUUGUUGAGAGUGAACCAAGUACGGCGAAGACCUUAUCCCCCUUAUCUCCUCCGUAUUCUGCAUUAUUUAAUAAAUUGGAUCAAAAAAAUAGAUCAGAUCCUACUCUUUUCGAAAUUUCUGAUGAAAAAUAUAGUAGAUUAAAAAAUGAUGACUAUAAUGAUGAUAUAGCCGCACAAAGUAGCUCUACUAAUUUUAACGGCAAACAACAACAUUCAUCUUCGGCAACAUAUUCGAAAUCAAAGAAAAAUGAGAAGGGGGGAUUCAACGUCAGAAAUUCUGCGGUUAUGCCAGAAGAUAAAUCGACAUUCUGGGAAAAGCUUAAAAGGAAAAGCCAAACUAUAAGCCCUAGUACUCAAAAUCAUACACAACUCAACAGUGCCAACCUGUCAAAAAAUAGAGUUUCUUUACAGCAAAUACAGGGUGGUUUUGAUAUGACUGACCAAGUAAAACCCGAUAAUAUAGUGACACCAAAAAUUCACCAGGCACACAAAUCCUCAUCAAUUGAUACAAAAAGUCAGAAUUUCGAGAAUGUCUUUGAUAAAUUUCUAUUGGAUAAAAAAUACUAUCCGGCAAAAAUCAAAUCAUCUACUAAUGAGGAGGAUUUUGUCUUAAUAACAAAAGACAAUGUUUCAUUUAUACCUUUGCUGAUAUCAGAACUUCCUAAUGAAUGUUCCAAACUGAAAGAAUAUUUUAUGCGCAAGCUAAGAAUUGUUUCUGGUGAAUGUAGCGUUCAUAUGACUGAUUUUGGCUGUGAUAUUGGGGCGUCUUUGAAUGACACGCUGUUGGAUACAAUAAGAAAUAGUCUAUUUAUGAACACCUCUAGAAAACUUUUUAUAAGAGAUACAGGAACUCAUAAAUACUCACCUGGAAAGCCAAUAAUUAAUUCAAGCCAGCGUGAAAUGCUAAGAAAAAAGGAAUCGAUUAAAUCAAUUAAUAGUAGUAUUCUGGCUUCCAAUGAUGAAAUAUCUACUAUAACGUCUUCAUCUGAUAUAGCAUCAUUUGAUGAUAGAUCAUCAGCUCCAGGAAGACAAUAUCCACAAACUCCAAGCUAUUUUUAUGAUGCUUCCAAUGUGAAUGACGAUGUUAAUUACUGGAAUUUCAAAGAAAAUCAAUCUAGUUUAGUACCAGGAAAGGUACCUGAUGUCAAGCCUGAAGCGCAAUUUACUUUAAAGAUACCAGAUAAAAUAAAACAUAAAGGCUUAGAAGAUGAUUUACAAAGAAAUUCUUUUCAUGUUCUAAGAAAGGAUGAGGGUAAAGAGAUAGACUUUAAUAACAGGAGGAGAUCUCCAUACACAAAUCCAGAAUUAGCACCUAAGAGGGAAGCACCAAAGGCACCCAUAACAGGCUCUCCAAUGAGACUUCAAAAAUCUAGAAGUCUUUCGAAAUCCGUAUCUAUUGUCACCAAUAAUGAUAGAAGUAGAAGAGAUGAAUUAUCACCUUCAAGAAAAAGCUACAAGAAUUCUGAGACUAAUAGUCCCUCUUCUGAAAAAAUUGUGUCUUCGUAUACUCCUGGAUCAAGUCAUGUUUUGGUUCCACAGCCAUACAAAGGUGUUGGAGACAUAAGCAGGAAGGGUAAAUUGGAGGAUGACCAUAUGUUUUCUAUGACUGAGGUGCUUAGGUCUAGAGUGAACCGAUCGACAUCUAGUGUAUCUAAUAAUUCAGUUAUUUACUCGACAUCCCCAAUAUUAAAAAGAGGAAGUUCUAAGAGGAUUGUAUCAUCCGCAUCAGCGGCUGAUGUUUUUGAAGAAAAUACAAUCAAUUUUAACGAUGUUCCUGAGCUUUCUGACUCUGAUGAGGAUAGUGCAUCUUCAGAAGACAUUAUAUGGGGAUCCGAAACCAAAAUCAGUGAAACUGAAGUAGUCCCUGAAAAUAAUAAUUUCAAUAAAACUGAUUCUGAGGAUGAUGAUAAGAUAUACUCGAUGAAUAAUAAGUUAACACCUGUGAGGAAAAUGACUCUUCGCCCUACGGCUGAGAUAGUCUACCAAAAUUUGGAGAGAUUUUUCCCGCGUGCACAUUUGGAUAAGCCGGUGGUUGAAGAAUUGCAUAACUCCAAGAGUCCUGUUUCAAAAACUAGUGAUAAGGCCCGUAUUAAUUCUAUUUUAGAGCAGCACUCAAAUAUAUCAGAAAAGGGUGUCAAAAGUCAAAAUAAUGAUAAUGUAAUAAAAGAGAAGAAGUCUAACACCAGCUUGCCAAGAAGAACUAGGACAAUCAGAGCCAUUGCUCAUGAGGCAGGAGAGGCUAGAAGAAACAGCAUGAAAGUAAAACGGAGUAAUACAAAAAUGUGGGGCACCAAGAUUGUUGAAAUAACAGACAAAAACACUAUUGAGAUCAAUAAAUCAAAAAAUGCCAGAGGUGAGUACAAAGAGUUUGCGUGGAUGAAAGGUGAAAUGAUUGGUAAAGGAUCAUUUGGUGCAGUUUAUUUGUCACUAAAUAUAACGACAGGUGAAAUGAUGGCAGUAAAACAGGUAGAGGUACCUAAAUAUGGCACACAAAAUGAACUCGUGAAAGAUAUGGUAGAGGCUUUAAAAUCUGAGGUAGCUACCUUGAAGGAUCUUGAUCAUUUAAAUAUUGUGCAAUACUUGGGAUCUGAGAUAAGGGGAAAUAUUUACAGUUUGUUUUUAGAAUAUGUUGCAGGAGGAUCAGUAGGGUCCCUUAUUAGGCUUUAUGGCCGAUUUGAUGAAAAGUUGAUUAGGCAUUUGAAUACACAGGUUUUGAGCGGUUUAAAAUACCUUCACUCCAAAGGUAUAUUACACAGAGAUAUGAAAGCUGAUAAUUUGCUAUUAGAUGAAGAUGGUAUAUGUAAGAUAAGUGAUUUUGGCAUUUCUAAAAAGUCAAAAAAUAUUUACUCUAAUUCGGAUAUGACUAUGAGAGGUACGGUAUUUUGGAUGGCACCCGAAAUGGUCGAUACUAAGCAGGGAUAUAGUGCAAAAGUUGAUAUAUGGUCGCUUGGGUGUGUAGUACUAGAGAUGUUUGCGGGUAAAAGGCCAUGGUCAAAUCUAGAAGUUGUUGCUGCGAUGUUUCAAAUUGGUAAAUCUAAAUCAGCACCACCUAUUCCAGAUGACACAAUUCAAUUGAUUUCAUCCAAAGGCAAAGACUUUUUAAGCAAGUGUUUUGAGAUUGACCCUGAAAAAAGGCCAACUGCAGAUGAUUUGCUGGAACAUUCCUUCAGUAAGGUUGAUCCAGCUUUCAACUUUUCGAGAACCAGGCUUUAUGAGUUUAUCAAAACAAAUGACAAGUUAAAUUCGUCUGUCUUACGUAACACUUAG